CCUUUACGUCAUCACUAAGCGACAAAACACUCUGGUUCCUGAUUGUGGUCUUGACUUCAUACAACAUAGACAUAUUCCAUGUCUCAGCAAAAUUAUGGGAGAUGCACAUGCAGAUAUAGUUUGGCAGCCGCUGCUUACCAGAAAUAAUGACGCAUCUAAGCUCGACUCAGACGAAGAGGAUGUUGUGUUUGAAAGAAGGGAAAGCGAUACAACUCACAGCAAUACUUCAGUAAAACUCUCUUACGCAGAGGCAAUUGAAGAAGCGGGGUUUGGGUUGUUUCAUGGCCUUCUACUUGUGAUAUGUGGUUGGGCAAACGCCAGUGAUGCGGUGGAAAUACUCUGCGUGUCAUUUCUGCUGCCCACAGCCCGGUGCGAUCUUCAGCUGAACUCCUCGGACAUGGGUAUACUCAUGGCAAGCCUUUUUCUUGGUAUGAUGAUCGGCGGCUAUACGUGGGGCUACCUUGCCGACAGAAGGGGACGUCAGAAAGUCCUUGUAACCUCUCUUACGGUCAACGGAAUUUUUGGUGCUCUCGCGAGUUUGGCGACCAGAUUUUGGCUUUUUCUGCUGCUGCGGUUCAUCAGUGGUUUUGGGGUAGGUGGAUCGAUCCCAGUCAUUUUCUCCUAUUUCUCGGAGUUUCAGCCGCGGUACAGAAGGGGCGCUAUGAUCAGUGCCUUGGCCACCUUCUGGAUGGCAGGAAACAUCCUAGCAGCAGGAUUGGCUUGGUUGGUCAUACCGAGCACGUCGCUCAGGUUUCAGCUGGGAAGCCUGGACUUCCAGAGCUGGAGGCUGUUCAUGGUCCUCUGCGCCAUUCCAAGUCUGUCAUCGGCACUAGUGUUCAAACUCGCCAUGCCAGAGAGCCCCAAGUUCCUCAUUGAGACUGGGCAGCACAUAGAAGCCUUAAGAGUGUUUAGAAAGAUGUUUGUCCUGAAUCACAGAGGCAGCAUGAAGCCAUUCCCAAUGGCUGGUUUACUUCACAGCCUGGAAGACAAGAAGGAAACUGCUUCACCAGUCAGCAGAGAGGUGAAAUCUCCCAGACUGGCCGGGUUCUUCAGAAGGGUAACAGACCCCAUACGACAAAUUUUCAAUGGAACCCUGGCAUCGAGGAGCACAGCGCUUACAAUCAUAUUCUACUGCAUCUCCUUUGGGUACUAUGGGUUGUGGAUGUGGUUCCCUGAACUGUUUAAGAGAACCGAAGAUGGAGGAUCCCCAUGUGCCAACGUGUCCCGCUCCCGCAGCGAUAGCAACGAGGACUGCUACCCAGUCAAAACUGCCGUGUACAUGGAGGGCUUCCUCACUGCACUCGCCAGCCUGCCUGGCAACAUCUUCACCAUCUUGAUGAUGGACAGGAUUGGGGGGAAGGUUUUGCUCUCCAUCAGUCUGCUGGUGUCAAGCCUCAGUGUGUUCUUCAUCUGGGAGGUGACCACUAAAACUCAGAGCCUGAUCAUGUGCUGUGUGUUCAGCGGUGUGUCAGUCAUUGCCUGGAACGCUCUGGAUGUCAUCGGCACUGAACUUUACCCCACGCAGUUACGGUCGUCCGCACUUGGCUUCUUUACUGGUGUGGGCAGGGUGGGAGCAAUCAUGGGAAAUGUAGUUUUUGGACAGCUAGUGGACACCAACUGUGCAGUGCCCAUCCUGUGUGUUUCGCUACUCCUGCUGACCAGUGGACUGGUGGCCUUGCGUCUGCCAAAGACUAAACAAGCCGAACUCACCUGAGGGACAGAACAACUGAACACACCUGAGAUAGAACCCCACCAGCAGACAUGGCCUGAGACAUAGAGAGAGCCUAGAAUCCAGCCUAUCUGCUGCCUAUACCCCAGCAGUGUUGCCAAGAACCGUAGACGCGCAGUAGAAAUGCUGAGUAGAAAUGCUGUUGGUCCUCUGGCCUUCGUACUAAUGCAUAAGUGCAAUUUUCCAAAGAGUGUUUUUGUUUAUCAAUUUUGUUGUAAAUAUUACUGGCUUUAUAUAUAUAUAUGACCAAUAUUUUUUGAUGUUUUUUUACAUUAAGAAUGAUAUAUAUACUGAACAUUCACAAAUGGUUUAAGGCCAAAAAAUACAUAGAACUGCACAACUCCUUAAAAGUUAAAGUCCAAGAUGCUCAAACAGCUGUGACAGAAGAUGACAUUAUGUUGUUAACUGAAUUAUUUCCAUUUCCAUUCCAAGAAAUUCAAAAUACAAUCACACAUGUACAUUGAAAAUAUAUCAAAAUUAUGUAAAAACAUUCCUGAGUAGUAAAUGACACUAAAUGAGUGGCUUAAUUUAAAUGUGAAGUAUAUUAAUAUGCUUAAGUAAUAUGGAUGUAUGCUACUUUUGUGCCAACGAAUCAAAUAUUAAAUUAUUUCUGAAGCAAA